CGGAGGUUCACUACGAUUCGCUGUCGUUUUGAUGAGUACUAACGUUUAAAAAACCAACGGCUAGUUUAGUAUGACCGUUUAGAAGCCAAAUAAUUCAAACUCAUUCUUUCACCCACAGGGACUAAAAGAAAGGCUUCUUCUUCAUUUAGCUGCCCAUAUAUGAUAGUAUCACAAUUCCUAUUCUGAAAACAGACAUUCUUUCAUAGCGACCCAGAUUCAUUCCCAGUAGGAAGUUCACAACAGAAUCCAGAAAAAGAAAAAGAAUAAAGAUGGUUUCCACAUAUACACCCACUUAUUACAGUUCAUUUCAAGAUUCCAUAGCUUCUUUGUGCAAGAAUUUACUUCCGUUUUCGUUCAACAAGAAGAAGCGGUUGACCGCCAUCGCCGCAGCCGAGCAGCGGCUUUCGAAGCAGCAAGCCGACAACUUGAAAUGGCAGCAAGAGUCGUUCCACCAGAUUCUCAAAUUGAUGGGCCUUUGCAAGGAAGGGAUUGUGCCUGAAACAGAGGUCUCUGCUUUUAAGUCUUACUUGCUGGACACCCUUAUCGCUUCGCCCCACGAUCACGAACAUUCCACCAUUUUGAGGGAUAAAUUGGUCUUCCUUCAGGAGCUGCUGUAUGCAAAAUGCGUAUCGGAAGAUGAGUAUCAUUCAUUAAAGAGGCCUCUUUUACAGAGGCUAGCAGUUCAAGGAGCUGAAAUUGAUGCAAAAGAUGUAUAUGUUGGUGCUAAGAAGAAAGAAACCUCCCCGGAUGAGGAGUGGUCAGUGAUUGAUUUGAAAGAUGAGAAGGCCAGAGAAAGUUCAAACUCAAAGAAUCAUUCCAAGCCAGGUUCAGCUGUAAAGCAAAUCAAAGGGGCUGCAUCAGUCCUUGGCUUUGGUUCAUCAAGCAAAAAUGCAAAAGCUAAGGAAGAAAAGGGCUUAACUGAUCCUGGGGGCGAAAACAUUAGGCCACUCAACAGAAGGAAUGAAGUUGUAGUUUCCACGGAGAACCCUUUUUGGAAUAGUCACAACAGAUAUGAAGAAGGUGAAACAAAGUCGAUCCUAAUGCCAGAGAGUUUGCCACAUGAACCGGCAAAGAUUGAGACACAAAGUGACAAAGCUAGGAGGAAACCCUUUAGAAAUUUGUUUCAGAAAGUGCAAAAUGAUGCAAAUCGGAGCAAUGAUAAUAAUAAUGGUCAUGUUGCUGAGGAUACAUUGAAAUCAGGGAAGAAGCCAUGGGGAUUUGAAGGGUUCAAGAAAUGGAAGAAGAAUGAUUCGGAUGAUGAAAAUCUUCCUUUGGCUUUAAAUUUGAAGUCAAACAAUGAGAACCAUUCAGGAAACCUUGUCCAAAGCCCCGUUGGAGAAGGACCAAACACCAAGGAAAUCAAGAGGAAACUACAUCCUGAUGGAGCAGCUUCAGACUUUUUCGUUGACAAGGUUUUAGGGGAGAACAUCAAGAAGAAGCUGUCACAAAUUAAGUCAGAACUUGGUGCAAAAAAUCCUAAUGUUCAUUUCUCAGAUGACCAAAUUGAAGCUAUUUCAACCAGGCUCCCAGUCGACAAGGCUGACCUGAAAAUGUUCUUUCCCAAGUCAUGGUGCGACACAUAUGGUGAUGUCGUUUUGGAUGUGGUGAGAAAGGAAUUCAAGGACCAUGUCGGAGAAAUGAGUGCUGGCAGGAGGGAGAAGAACAGCUCAAACAGAUGGACAACGUUUGACGAUGAUGAAAACUAUCACCCAAAUCUUUUUGCUCCGGCAACCAAUAUCAGUAUUGAGAAGGGAUUCAAAUAUAAUCCUUUCUUUGAUGUUUAGGCCGCUGGAUGUAGCAAGAAAAAUGGUGCUGAAGCAUGUUGGAACUAUAUACGGUGUUUAGGCCAGAGUCCCUUCCUGGCCUUGCCUGGCUUGCAGCUCCACCAGACACUGGAUUUUGGGUCUUCCCCCUGCUUUAAGAAAAAAAUGCAAUUGUAAACUCCGAUUUAUGAGUGGUGCUGCUUUUGGAAGUGCAUUGCCAAUGCCCAAAUGUGGACCUUGUUAAUGAGUAACAAUGGUGUCUCUGUAAUAUACAAUUAGAAAGAACACCAAUUUAUGUAUUCCUUUGAGUAAAAAAUAUUCUUGAUUGCGUUGCCAAUUUGCAGUAUUCUUCUAAUGUCAUUAAGGUUCAACAGAAACUUGGAGAGUGAAAGCAAUACUACACACAAGUUUGAAUUUCCAACAUUUCUUAUCCCACAAUCUUUUCCUUUUUCAUGUUCAAAUAGUUUUUACUUGGCAUAUCGAAAUGCCACUCAUCAAAACCAUGCAUGAGGCUGAACUCUCGAGAUCACAGCGCAAAAUUUGCAUCUUCCGCUAAAAACCAGCCAAAAAUAUGCUUUCUCAUUAAUCAUGACCGUGCACUGUCAUCUAAACAUGACACCCCAGUCCGAGCUAAGUUCAUGAGGGUAUUACUGAAAUACCCGGCUAUAUAUACAGACCCUCACUACUAGUGAACCAAAAAUGAUCCAGGAAGUCUGUAAGGACUACUACGUAUUUCUCUAUAUAAGCAACAAGACAAGAUUACAUAUUCCUCAAAAGAUAACGUGGGAACAUGUCCACAUUCCAGACUCCAGAGUGGAACUGCCUUAUCUACAAAUACAUACAAAGUAUCUCAAAAUCAAUGGACUUCGGUGCCUGAAAUUGCACCUUCUCUCAUAUCUAAACCCCCGCGGACAUCUCCCCGGCAAAGCGGGCACACACUGAAGCAUCAGAACAGACAAACGACCAAUGAAUAAAAGGACUCAGCUAAAUUGAAAGGAAGAGGUACAAUAUAAAAUGGAGGAUUUAGAAGAAGAUGGGAAACUUACCCAUGUAUUUCUUUAAGCCAUUU